AUGCUGGUACUUGUCAGAAAUGUGCCGCCAGAUCCUGAUGAAUCAGUUAGUGAACUUGUGGAGCAUUUUUUCCUGGUCAACCAUCCAGAUCAUUAUCUCACUCAUCAGGUUGUAUACAAUGCCAACCAACUAUCAACACUAGUCAAUGAGAAGAAGAAAAACCAGAACUGGCUUGAUUACUAUCAACUGAAAUAUUCUAGAAAUCAAUUUAGAAAGCCAACAACGAAGACUGGUUUUCUUGGCAUUUCGGGGGAGAAGGUGGAUGCAAUUGAUGUCUAUACAUCAGAGAUCGAAAGACUAUCAAAAGAAAUAUCUGUGGAGAAAGAUAAGAUGACCAGCAGCACUAAAUUGAUCAUGCCAGCUGCAUUUGUUUCCUUCAAAUCAAGAUGGGGGGCUGCUGUUUGUGCACAAACUCAACAAUCGAGAAAUCCAACCGAAUGGUUAACUGAAUGGGCCCCAGAGCCCCAUGAUGUUUACUGGGAUAACUUGGCGAUCCCCUAUGUUUCACUCUCAAUCAGAAGGCUUAUAAUUGCUUCCCUUGCUAACAUAGAUGGAAUAGAGAAGGCAGCUCCCUUUUUAAAGCCUCUAAUUGAGUUGAAAUUCAUCAAGUCAUUCAUCCAAGGUUUUCUUCCAGGAAUUGCCUUGAAGAUUUUUCUCAUCUUUCUACCCUCGAUAUUGAUGCUAAUGUCUAAAUUCGAAGGGUUGAGCUCCAUAUCAGCUCUUGAGAGGAGAUCUGCAACUAGAUAUUAUAUUUUCCAGUUCAUCAAUGUGUUUCUUGGGAGCAUCAUCACUGGAACUGCAUUUCAACAACUAAAUAAAUUUAUCCACCAGUCUGCAAAGGAGUAUGUUCUUGAACAUCCACUGUUCCUUAUUAUUUUAUACAUGACAGAUGAACUAUAG